UUUGACCGCUCGACUGGUUUGAGCAAAGGUUAUGGUUUUAUUGAGUAUGUCAGCUCGUCUGAUGCAGCUGACGCUACAAACAAACAAGUUCAUACACUAGAAGGCUUAAAUCUGGUAGUCCAACUUCAAAACCAAUAAAACAAUGGCAGAGGCAUGGUCCAAUUCAUGUUCUGAUUUCUCAGAUGAUGACCAAUCUCCAUUGGAUAUAUCUUUUAAUAAGGCAUCAGAUCAUGUAAGGAAAAUAACCUCAAAAUUAGAUAACAAUCAACUGCUAGAGUUGUAUGGUUUAUUUAAACAAAGCACUGAAGGAAAAUGUGAAUCACCAAAACCCAGCUGGUUCGAUCAAAAGGGGAGACGGAAGUGGGAAGCAUGGAAGGCUCUCGAAGAGAUGCCUCAGGAUGAAGCCAAAGCAAAAUAUGUGGAAGCUGUCAAAAAAUAUGAUUCUGAAUUUGAGACCGGUGAUGCACCAAAAGGGGGUAAGGAAUCUUGGGUGGCAGUAUCUACUUUACGUAGGGAUUCUGAACCAGAAUUAGUACAUGAGGAGCUUGACAUUUUUGAAGCUGCCAGAGAGAAUCUACCGGAUAGAAUAGAAGAAUUAGUCAGAAAGAAUCCUGAACUUCUAGUGGAAAAAGACAAGGAUGGUUUAACAGCACUACAUUGGGCUGCAGACAGAGAUUCCACUGAUGCAUUAGCAUUUUUAAUAAAUGCUGGCACUGAUUUGAAUGCUCCUGAUGAAAGUGGUCAAACAGCCUUACACUAUGCCGCACUAUGUGGACAUGUAAAAGCAACAAAAAUGUUGAUUGAUGCCCAAGCUUUGUUAGUUGCUGACCAUGAUGGCAGUACACCUUUGGAUUUGGCUACAGAAGAGGAAGUAAGGACUAUUUUGGAACAUGCCCCUCCCUUAAUGUGAAUUUAGUUUUAUAGCUUUUGGAUAUAUUAUGUAGUUUGUAUAAUAAUAAAAUAUUAAUCAAGUUUU